AUGAAGAUCUUCUUCUUACUGUGCAGCAUUUACACAGUUACAAACUGUUUUGUACCUUUAGCACCUGCUAGAAACAUUCGUACACCAGGUCGCUCUAGCCAUGCACUAUACGGGAAGAAAAAGAAGAAAGGUGGUGCGGGUGGUAGUGGUGGAAAGCCUCGCGGAGGACAACAGCAACAGGAAAAACAAUCAGUAAAGGAUGCUCGGUUUGAUGCUGCCACCAGGUCUUUCAUGUUCACGCUAGUCGGCUUGACUAAGAUCCUACCUGACAAAUCGAAGAAGAUCCUGGACAAUGUCAAUCUUUCUUUCUAUCCUGGAGCAAAAAUAGGUAUCGUGGGUUUAAAUGGGAGUGGAAAGAGUACACUGUUGAAAAUAAUGGCUGGCGUUGACACUGAGUUCGAUGGGACAGCUAGACCUUUGCCUGGAGCAUCAAUUGGCUAUUUACCUCAAGAGCCUGUCCUUGAAUUCGAAACAGUGCAAGAGUGCAUCGAUGAAGCCGUCCAAUCCUCUCAGGCAAUCCUUGACAACUACAAUGAGCUAAGUAUGAAGCUAGCCGACCCUGACAUCACUGAUGAUGAAAUGACCAAUACCCUGGAAAAAAUUGAGGUAUUGAAUGAUCAGAUUGAAGCCGGCGACUUGUGGGAACUUGAACGAGUUGUCAACCGUGCUAUGGACUCUUUGCGCGUUCCUUCUGGUGAUGCAAAGACAGCUGUGUUGAGUGGAGGAGAAAAGAGACGUGUUGCGCUUUGUCGGUUGUUGUUGCAAAACCACGAUAUGCUUCUAUUGGACGAGCCUACGAAUCACUUGGAUGCUGAGUCUAUUGGUUGGUUGGAGCAGUUCUUGGAUCAAUUCAAGGGCACUGUUGUUUGCAUUACGCACGACCGUUACUUUUUGAACAAUGUCGCCGGGUGGAUUCUAGAGUUGGACAGAGGCGCUGGAAUUCCACAUGAAGGAAACUAUGCCGACUUUUUGGAAGCCAAGGAGAAGCGCCUGGCAGAAGAGAAGAAACAUGAAACGGCCAAUGCCAAGGCAAUUUCAGCCGAACUCGAAUGGAUUCGAACUAAUCCCAAAGCACAGGGAAAUAAGAGCAAGGCUCGCCUAAAUCGUUACGAUGAGUUGCUUGCGGCUGCAGCACCAACGGAACUACGCAACGCCGGUCAGAUUUACAUUCCUCCUGGUCCGCGCCUUGGAGAUGUUGUCAUUGAAGUUUCAAAUCUGAAGAAGUCAUUUGGAGAUCGUCUAUUGAUCGACGACCUCACUUUUUCCCUUCCACCAGCAGGCAUUGUCGGUGUUGUCGGUCCAAAUGGUGCCGGGAAGAGUACAUUGAUCAAAAUGCUCACCGGAAAGGAGCAGCCGGAUGAUGGUGAAGUCAAGGUUGGCGAAACUGUCAAUAUCGUAUCUGUUGGACAAGAACGUAUGGACGAAUUGAAUGGCGAAAAGACAGUCUUCGAAGAAAUUUCCGGUGGCCUUGAUGAGAUAGAACUAGGCACGCAAAGUGUUAUGUCUCGCGCAUACUUAUCUUGGUUUGGCUUCAAGGGUCAAUCACAACAAGCUCGUGUUUCAAACCUGAGUGGAGGGGAGAGAAACCGUGUGCAACUUGCUAAGCUGUUGAAGGCUGGUGGCAACAUGAUCAUCCUAGACGAGCCCAGCAAUGAUCUAGAUGUUGAAGUUCUACGUAGUCUCGAGGAUGCUCUGCAACUUUUCGCCGGCAGUGCCCUUAUCGUUAGCCACGAUCGAUACAUGUUGGAUCGAAUCUGCACUCACAUUUUAGCCUGUGAAGGCGAUUCCAAGUGGUUCUUUUUCCCAGGCAAUUAUGCGGAAUAUGAAGCAAACCGAAAGGAGAGAUUGGGAGAAACUAGCAUCAAGCGAAUCACUUACGCCCCUCUUGUCAAUGCAUAA